CUUUUUGGUGGUGGCGCGAACACUGUCGUGCAUGUUGCGCCGCAUGUCGAUCGAACAUGCCCCAACCCGACUGUCCGUCGCGCCGAUGAUGGACUGGACGGAUCGCCACUACCGCUACAUGAUGCGUCUCAUCACACGUCGCACUUUGCUUUACACAGAAAUGGUUGUCGACGAGACGAUCAUGCAUCAGAAGCACAACCUGGACUACUUCCUCGGGCACGAUGCUGUCGAGUACCCGCUGGCCCUCCAAGUUGGUGGCAGCAACCCCGAGACUCUUGGCGAGGUGGCAAAGAUGGCUGAGUCGUACGGCCGUUUCCACGAAAUCAACAUCAACGUCGGGUGUCCCAGUCCUAAAGUAUCGCGAGGGUGCUUUGGCGCGAGGCUCAUGCUCAAUCCCAGUCUCGUGCGCGACAUCUGCUACGAAAUGCGCCGCCAAGUCACCUCCACGCCCAUCACAGUGAAAUGCCGCUUGGGCGUCGAUGACUUUGACUCGUACGAAUACUUGCACGAGUUCGUGUCCACGGUGGAGAAGUCGGGCGUCACCGAGUUCACCGUGCAUGCGCGCAAGUGCUGGCUCGACGGCCUUCGCCUCAGCCCGCACGAGAACAGGACGGUUCCUCCACUCAACUACGAUUUUGUCGGUCGGCUCAAAUCUGACUUUCCGCACCUCCGCAUCAUGUUGAACGGCGGUGUUGCAUCCAUUCAACAUGCACACGAGCUCCUUCAGGAUUCGUCGCUGAACGUGGACGGCGUCAUGAUCGGCCGAGCCGCGUACAACACGCCAUGGAACUUUCGCGAUGCCGAUCGGUUGCAUUUUGGUGUACCAAACCCAGGUUUACAUGCGACGAGAACGAAUCACUUCUUUUGACGCAUGCAUUGCAGGACUGUCGAGGCGGCAGGUCAUCGCCAACUAUCUCGACUACGCAGAGGACAUGCAGGCCAAGUGGGGCACCGUGCGGCAGUCCGGUCAAUACGCCAUGCCAACGUCUUUGCUCAUGAAGCCGCUCUUGAACCUCUUCAAUGGCGAAUAUGGCGGGAAGGCCAUGAAGCGCCAUGUGGCGCAGCGAUGGGCCGAUCGCAACGGCGAGGCGCUUGAUUUGCGAGACCUGAUUGAAACCGCUAUGGAAGCAUGUGUGCCCGCAGCCGUGUUGGACGCCACUUGCGACGACGACGUCGUCGAUUGAGUUCAACAUGUUUCGUUUGAUAUCACUUGCUGUUGUGGUUUUGGUCGCAUGCGCG